UGGAGAUCUUGACCAAUUGCUUCACUCCCCAGAGCUCCGCGGCAGCCAGGACUGAGCCAGGCUGAAGCAGCAGGGGGGCUCCAGCUAGGUCCCCGCUGCCCGAUGUGGGUCACUGAGCCCUUGGAAGGGCAGGGGACUGUCUCCAGGUGCUGUGGUGGAGAACCCAGUGUCCUGAGCAACGGCCCUGGACACUUUUUUUUUUUUUUAAACAUUUUGAACCUGUAUUUUGCUUGGAGAAGUUAAAAAGCAGUACAGGGACUUCCUGUUUCCCCAGCAGCUUCCGCUGGGAGCAGUUACCGGCAGUGGGAGGUUCCCCUUGGGGCACACAGCAGCUCCCCAAGUUACACCCACCUGCCCCGGGUUGCCCCAUCUCUGCCCCUCAUUCCCCCUCCCUGCCCCAGUUGCUGACAUCUUGUGGCAUCUUUCCGUGCCUUUGGCAAUCUUGACAUUGAAGGGUGCUGGGCCUGGGCAGCGGCUGUGGACAGUAUUCCUUCGAGGCCCCUCACGGCUUUGCCUCUGCUUGCCCUGGACAAGAAAACCCCAGGAUUUUGUGAGCCACACGGUAGCAUGAGCUGUGGUCACUUGUAAGAACGAGACGGGGCCCAGGAGUAGGGUGAAGUGGGCACAGGUGCGGGGGCCUGGCGCUCAGCGUGCAAUCCCCAGCCCUUCCCCUCGCUCUGAUUCCCUCUCUGGCCCGGCAGGUCAUGGCCCAGGGGCUGCCCCUAGCCUAGGCGCUGGCACUCGGCGGUGGUGGUGCCCUUUACACACGAUUAGACAAAGCUUUCCAGAGCAGCUGCUGCAGAGCCAUGGCGCCGCCCUGGGUGCCCGCUGUGGGCUUCACGCUUGUGCCCAGCUUGGGUGGCUUCAUGGCCUCCCACUUCGUCCGUGGAGAGGGUCUGCGCUGGCAUGCCUCCCUGCAGAAGCCCUCCUGGCACCCACCUCGCUGGACACUGGCCCCCAUCUGGGGCACACUCUACUCGGCCAUGGGAUACGGUUCCUACCUGGUAUGGAGAGAGCUGGGGGGCUUCACGGAAGAGGCGGUAGUCCCUCUAGGUCUCUAUGCUGGGCAGCUGGCCCUGAACUGGGCGUGGCCCCCCAUCUUCUUUGGGGCCCGACAGAUGGGUUGGGCCCUGGUGGACCUCCUGCUGCUCAGCGGGGCAGCGACAGCCACGGCUGUGGCCUGGCACCGUGUAAGCCCACCAGCUGCCCGGCUGCUGUACCCUUAUGUGGCCUGGCUGGCCUUUGCCACUACACUCAACUACUGCGUAUGGCGUGACAACCCUGGCCGGCGUGGGGACCGGCGCGGGGACCGGCGCCUCGCAGAAUGAGGACCAUAACCUGCCUGCUGGCUACUGCGGCUGGUACAGGCCGGGUUCACUGCCAUGGGGCUUACCGGUCUGCGUGGGUCCCACCCCAAGGGUCACCAGUGGCUGCAGAGGUGGCCCGGGAGCCCUCGCAAGUGGAUGGCAGCCUUUGCUUUCUGUACUUCCACACCGUGCUCCUAGAGUGUGGGAUUUUUAAGGUCAAAUAAAAAUUUUUAACCUAGA